AUCGUUCUUGCGAUUUUCCAUGCUCGUUUCCCGUCUUUGGGGUUAAUAGAUUUACGCUUCUUUAGGAGUCUUACUACGGAGUACUACGAUCUUAUCCACUAGUUCCCGCUGUGUUUACAUAUAACAACAACAGUCUCUCUUCUCAUGUAUAGCAAUAUUUGAUGGCAGGAUGCGAACCCAAAGAUUUGUCGUCUGGCUGGCGACAUUUGUUCUGAUCUCCUUGCUCCUCAUUCUUUUCAAAAGCUCAAAUAACCCCUCUACUCUGACCUUUUCUCCUGUGUCUGAUCCUCUUCCCUCACCUAUUUUCCAGAGGCCUGAUAUACCGCCCGAUGCACAACUCAUUGAGCAGUCGACCCAUCGGAAAGUUGCUCAGCCCGAUGACGUCCAGCUUAAUAGGAUAGAUAUUGAACAUCCGAUUGCAUCUCUUGUUAAAGACGCCAAGCAGCAGCAUGAUCAGGUCCUUUUACGCCAAUCGAAGGCUCUGACCCAGGCCGUCACUGAGUAUCGCAACCGCUACAACAUGCACCCCCCACCGCAUUUCGACAAAUGGUUCCAGUUCGCGAAGUCCAGAGGCGUCCGGUUGAUCGAUGAGUAUGAUAGCAUAUAUCAUUCUCUGCUGCCAUUCUGGGCUCUAGAACCAAAGACGAUUCGCGAACGGGCCCGCGAGACCCUUGGCUUUGACAAUUCCAUGAUCGGGGUGCUGAUUCGGAAUGGCACGGUGUCGCUGGCAGAGGGAGGUGCCUAUGAGCAGUAUUGGCAGCGCAGUGCCACCGUGAAGAUGAUCAAGAGCUUUUCCGAGCAUCUUCCGGAUAUGGACCUGGUCUUCAAUGCCCUCGACGAACCCCGAGUCAUUGUACCGAGUGAGGACCUGCAGAGGUUGGUUGCCGUCGCCAAAGAUCGAGUCAUUCCAAAGACUUUUGCGAAUGCUUCGCCCAGAAAUGCCUGGUCUGGUAGACCGGCCGAUUUGAACAAAGGCGACCGUAUCGACGAAGUGCGCACCACUCGCUUCAACCGAUUCAAUCCUCAAUCCACGUGGAGUUACUCCCGGUCCUCCUGCCCGGUGGAUAGCCCCGUUCGGUCUCUUGACGAGCAAGCAGCGGACAAUGUCGACUCCUAUGCUCGCGGUGAGCUAGGAUUCGUCUACAACACCACUGCCUUCUCCGACAUCUGCAACUCUCCCUCUCUCCGGUACACAUACGGGUUCUUUGACCGACCCAACACUUUCGAGGUGGUGCAUGAUUUGUUCCCGGUCUUCUCACAAAGCAAGAUCUCCAGCUACCAAGACAUCCUCUACCCGAGUCCUUGGUACUGGGACAACCAGGUGCCUUACGAGGAAGAAAAGGAUCUCGAGUGGGACGCAAAGAUCGACAAGAUGUACUGGCGAGGUUCCACCACCGGAGGAUAUUCCAGAGCUGGCGGUUGGCGGCGGCAGCACCGGCAGAUAUUCCUCCGCAAUGUCAAUGCUCUAAACACCGCCAAGGUGCUGUCCAAAUCGGACAAUAACCAAUGGAAGCCGCGGGGCGUCGGUCGGAACGCCUUUGCCGACCUUUUUGACGUGCGAUUUACGUACAUUGGCCAAUGUGACGAGGAGGAUUGCGCCGCGCAGAGAGAGUACUUCGACGUGGCGGAGCCUGCCGACCAGCAAGACGCUUGGGCCUACAAGCAUCUGCUGGAUAUCGAUGGCAAUGCCUUCAGCGGUCGGUUCUAUGCCUUCUUGCAUAGCAAAAGCCUAAUCUACAAGAUCUCCAUCUUCCGUGAAUGGCACGACGAGUGGCUCAAACCCUGGGCCCACUACAUCCCUCUGAGCCUGACCGGGGAUGACUAUCUGGAGGCCAUGCGAUACUUCGUGUCCGAAGACGAAGGCAAGGCGACAGCACCGAGACUCGCCCAGCAAGGUCGCGAGUGGGCGCAGAAAGCCCUCCGCAACGAAGACAUGGAGGUUUGGUUCUUCAGGUUGCUUUUGGAAUACGGACGGCUGGUGGAUGAUAACCGGGAGAACCUGGGGUUUGCGAUCUAGCGUGUAUUUUUUGCUUUUCUAAUUAUUUUCUUUGACUCCUCUGAUGUUUAAUGAUCUCAUGAGAUAUCUAUAUGGAGUAUGGGCGUCUUUUCUAUGAUGGGAUGACGGGGUCUCUCUCUGGCUUGGGCUUUGGGAUGGGGAGGGUCAUGAUUCAUUGCUGUACGGAGUACUGUACUAUCUAUCUACCUGAUCGUAUCGAAGUUUUGUCUCAGAUAGAGAUGAGGAUGAGACUUAAAGGGGGUGGGGGGAAAAAAGGC